UACUAAAUAUUCAGAUUUCAGUUGCAAUUUGGCAUUGGUGAUUGAUACUAGUUUCCGCGACUGAAAAAUUAAAUAAUAAUCAAUAAUAAAUAACGCUAUAUCAGUGUAAUAGAGAAUUAUGUGUAGCAAACAACUUUAGUGGUACUUGACAGUAUCCCGUCUCUUAUUCAUAUUUUUCGUGUUCAGUGUUGUGUUAAAAAAUAUAAAUGAAAAUGAGGUUGGCAGGCACGAUAUUUAGCAAUGUUACAAAAAUGCUGGACUUUUAUUCACAAUUUAACCCAUCACCAUUAUCUAUAAAACAGUUUAUAGAUUUCGGUCUGAAUGCUUGCGAGAGGAAAUCCUACUUGUUCCUCAGGAAGGAGCUGCCAGUCAGACUGGCGAAUAUUAUGAAAGAGAUAGCGCUACUCCCUGACAACCUGCUUCGGAUGCCUUCAGUUGGUCUUGUGAACCAAUGGUAUGAGAGAUCCUUUGAAGAAAUUAUCCAGUUUGAGAAGAUGGACCCUGAGCAGUCAGUCUUGACUCAAUUCUGCGAACGUCUAGUACACAUACGCAAUCGUCACGCCGAUGUGGUCCAGACAAUGGCCCAAGGUGUUCUAGAACUCAAAGAGUCGCACGAGGUGGAUCCAGGUGUCGAGAACUCCAUACAGUACUUCCUCGACAGGUUUUAUAUGAGCCGGAUAUCUAUACGGAUGCUGAUGAACCAGCAUACGCUUCUCUUCGGGGAGCAAAUAGGCUCUAAGCAAGAAUCUGUGAACGGCAUCGGGAACGGUGGCCGGCACAUCGGGUCUAUAGAUCCGGCGUGCGAUGUGGCCGCAGUUGUGCAGGAUGCCUAUGAAAAUGCAAGAUUCCUCUGCGAUAGAUAUUAUUUAGCGUCGCCUGAACUGGAGCUGUUGCAAAAUGGGGUUCCCAGUGAUAGGCCGCUGCCGAUAGUCUACGUGCCGUCUCACCUGUAUCACAUGCUGUUCGAGCUUUUUAAGAACGCAAUGAGAGCUGUCAUGGAGCUUUAUGAGAGCAACCCACCGCCUGUUACACUCAAUAUUAUUCAAGGACGAGAGGAUAUUUCACUUAAGUUGUCUGACCGCGGUGGUGGCAUUCCUCGCAGCGUGACUGAUCUUCUCUUCAAAUACAUGUAUAGUACAGCGCCACAGCCAUCUAAGUCCGACUCACAUAAUGUUCCACUUGCAGGUUAUGGCUACGGACUGCCGAUAUCGCGCUUGUACGCACGUUACUUCCAUGGCGAUCUGGUUCUUAUCUCGUGCGAGGGGUACGGGACCGAUGCCGUAAUAUAUUUGAAGGCACUUACAAACGAAGCAAAUGAGCUGUUGCCUAUAUUUAACCGGACGUCAACUAAAUUUUACCGUCCGUCACCAGUGUUGGCCGAUUGGUCUGCGCCAGUUCAUAACACUUCAGGCAGCGGACGAAAGGACAAGCAGCCAUCUCUUUCACACAAGCUAUAGUCAGAGCGAGACGCCGAUACCACCGAGUAAGCGGCGUAAAAUUGUAAGUUUCGUACAAUAAAUUUGAAUAUUCAUCGUAGCUGUGUUUUCUAAAUUUUUAUUUUGAAUUAAAUAAUUGUUAUAGCGGUUUUAUAUUUUGUUUAAUCUUUUCCUGACAUCUGUUUGUUUUGUAAUAAAUUUGAUAGAAAUUAUGGUAAUAUUGUAAAUUGCUCUAAAGUAUAAAAACAGAUAUUAGCACUCUUAGUCCAAGACAAAUAUCUUGCAUGAAAAUUGUAAAAAAUCUAAAAUAAUGUAUUUUAAAUUGAAAAAUUUAUCAGGAUAAAAUUGGAGAAUAGUUAAAGGCUGUGUUAGUCUUAUUCUUAAACAUCUACUUUCAUGGAUUGUGAAAAACUUUGAGAACUACCCGACUUUUUGACUUGGACUAUGAGUUACAUCCUGUAUAAUUAAAAAUGAAUGUUGUAAAAUUGCUACGAUGUGUACAGGUGAAAUGUGAUAGAAAUUGUACCAAGUAUGCGUGAUAAGUGUUGCUAUCUCGCUCUUAUGUAUGCUAAACAUCGUUAGAGCGAGAUAGUGUGAUGUGUAUUGUGAUUCUGUACUUUAAGAGUUGGUGACUUUAAACUGUGACUUUAAUUUUAAGCUAUUUGUAACAGAAUGGUUUAUAUUAGAAUUUCAUAAAAUUAUUUGGUUAAUCUUUUUUUGUUAGUUUCCAUUUUGAACAUUAUUUCAAAAAUGUGGGAGUGAAUAAGCAAUGUAAAAUAGGCAAAAAUACUCUUGAUUACAUACGCAUCAAGUACGAAUAGUCUUAAGUUGUGUAUAGACAAUAGAGUUAGGCGGAAAUAUACUUAGGUAUUAAAAAGAAGUAAUAAAGUUACGUUUUAACACAUUUUUUAUAAGUAGAUUUCAUCUUGAUCGGCUCAUACCCAGCUUGAGUAGAUUUAAGAAAUAGACAUGCCAAAAUUCUAGUAAUAAUUCAAUUCUAAAAAUUCGCACUUGGUAGCGUGCUCGCAGGAUACAUCUAUCUCUCUUUAACAUUUUUGCAAAACAAACCAUAGCUAUAUAUAAAUUGCUCGUAACGUUUUUUAAUAUUUUAAAACCGUAAGUCAUCUCUUAUUCUCUUUUUAUGUCCAUUGUCAUGUGUCAAAAGUUUUUCAUAUAAAAAUACACCAUAAUACAAAGUAAUAAUGCUUGGGUAUUCUAAAAUUAUUUAUAAAACAACAUUGUGAACGCACCAAUUGAAAUUUAACUUACUCAAUCCUGCGAGAUAAUUUGUGAUACUCGUUUUUAGAUAAUUUUUACUUAUAUAGUUGCAUACUUGAUGCCUAUUAAAAUGGCCAAGUUAGACUUAGAUCUAUUACCAUGAGUAUAUUCUAUAUAAAUACUAGAAUAUCUUUGGAGCCAUCAAAACAAUCUGUGGACUUGAAUAUGAAAUGAAUGCAAGUGAGAAGAAAUAAUAAGAAAGUUCAGUAAUAAGUAAAAUCUAGUUUCUUCAUUCAUAGCACUCGUAAUUACUUUACUUGUCAUUUAUGCAACUUUUAAUGUAUUAUUUUAAAAUAUGUUUCUACUAUAACAUAGAUUUAAAAUAGUUUUAGGAAACAUGAUAUCAUAGAGUAGGUAUUGUCAUUACAAUAUAUAUUUUAGAAUAAAUAUAUACAUAUUAUGUAUGUAUAGUGUAACUGAAAUAUGUUCAAAUAUUAGUAGUAUACUUCGUUUCAGUUGGGAUAAGCAAAAAAUAAAAAGUAAAAUAUACUGGAUUUAUUUAAGUAUUUGACGAAUACUGAUGGAAUAAUUUAAAUUUAACAACAAAUUUAAAGUGGUUCUUACAUAAAAUGAGUAUUUUUUUCACUUAAAAUAGUACAAUAAAAGUACAUGCCAUUAAGGAUUAUACUCUUACACACUUUUUAUAUGUCCCAUUGUGCAUUUUAUUUUAUAUAUAAUAAUAGGCAUACGAAAGAGAUGGAUAUAUUUUCAUAGGUACAUAUGAAGGCUGUUUCACACAAGUACAAUAGGUUUAUACAGGCACAAUUUAUUAAAUAUUGUAUUGAAAGUUAGGAAAACAAUACGGAAUUUUAUGAUCAAGCCCUGACUGAAAAUAAUGACUAAUUUAAUACUCAUUUGUUCCCUCAAUAAAUUCUUAAUUUGUUACGUUGUCACAAUAUAAUUCCGUAUUGUUAUUUAAAGUAAUGUAUCAUUCUUCAAGCAGCUUUAAGUUUAUAUUGUACCUGUGGGUUUAUUAAUUUUAUUUAUACUGCAUUUGUACUAAAUAGAUAAGUGUUAUUCCAAAAUUGAUAUUUCUAUAAUUUAUAGUCUUAUAGAUCAUAGAAAAUGAUUUAUGUAUAAUUUUUAAAUAAAAUUUUCAAUUGUUUUUGUCGGAUAUGGCAAUGCAAUUGAAAUAAUACAA